AUGACGAUUCCGGAUUCAGGUUUCAUGAUGGAGAACGAGACGAGUUGCUUACCGCACACACCGGAGGAGGAGAAGCGGAUCAUUGACGAAUUGACACGCCAAUCCGAAGCCAAUGUCAAAGAAGGCACCUUGUUCUUUGUAAUUUCCAACAGGUGGUACUCAAGCUGGAGGAGGUAUGUUGAACAAGGCACUGGAGAGGAUGACAAGUGUGAUUCUGAAUCCCAACCUAUGGAUCUGCACUCUUCGAAAAUUGUCAACAGACCCGGACCAAUUGAUAAUUCCGAUAUAGUUGAAAAAGAAUGCGAGGGAGGUGAUCUACAGCUUCGUAGAAUGCUGAUGGAAGAGCAAGACUACGUCUUAGUUUCUCAGGAAGUUUGGGAAAUGCUUUUGAAUUGGUAUAAAGGAGGUCCAUCAUUAGCAAGAAAGAUGAUUUCUCAGGGAGAAGUUAAUAAGAAUUUGAUGGUGGAGGUUUACCCACUGUGUCUUAAAAUUAUCGAUUCUAGAGACAAAAGCCAGACAAUUAUCUGGUUAAGCAAAAAGGCUUCUGUCCAGGAGCUUCACGAGAAGGUGUGCACAAUCAGAGGAAUUGAGCAAAAUAAGGCCUGUGUCUGGGAUUACUUCAACAGGGAAAAGCAGUCAUUGUUGAAUGCUUUGAACCAAACGUUGGAGCAGUUGAACUUGCAGAUGGAUCAAGAAGUUCUUCUUGAGGUACAAGCUGAUGUAAACUAUUCAUCCGCAGUUUCCAUGGAUUCAACUGGAAAUGAGUUGGCAUUGGUAACUGUAGAACCAUCAAGGUCGUCGAUGACAAUUGCUGGGGGUCCUACUUUGUCGAAUGGUCAUUUAGUGGGUUAUAAUAAUAAUGUGCUUCAGGGAAGUACAUUUGGUAGCUCAGCAUCAACAGAUACAGAUGACAGAUCUUAUCUCUAUAAUCCAAUGAAAAAAGGAGAUAAGGGCGGUUUGGCAGGAUUGCAGAAUCUCGGAAAUACUUGCUUUAUGAAUAGUUCCCUCCAGUGCUUGGUCCACACACCCCCUCUUGUUGAUUUUUUUUUGCAAGAUUACUCUGAUGAGAUCAACACAGACAAUCCCUUAGGGAUGCAUGGUGAGCUUGCUCUUGCUUUUGGUGAGCUGUUGAGGAAAUUGUGGUCCUCUGGGAGAACAACAAUUGCUCCACGUGCAUUCAAGGGAAAGCUUGCUCGAUUUGCUCCUCAGUUUAGUGGCUAUAAUCAGCAUGACUCUCAGGAACUUCUUGCUUUCUUACUGGAUGGACUGCAUGAAGAUUUGAAUCGUGUUAAAAAUAAGCCCUACAUUGAAACAAAGGAUUCAGAUGGUCGUCCGGAUGAGGAAGUUGCAGAUGAGUGUUGGAAAAAUCACAAGGCCCGGAAUGAUUCAUUGAUUGUGGAUGUUUGCCAAGGUCAAUAUAAGUCAACUUUAGUGUGCCCCGUUUGUGAGAAGGUAUCAAUUACUUUUGAUCCUUUUAUGUACUUAUCGGUGCCACUACCUUCAACUGCCACUCGAUCAAUGACGGUGACUGUACUUUAUGGUGAUGGACGGGGUCUUCCAAUGCCGUACACUGUAAACUUGUUCAAAGAUCGCUCUGUUAGAGAUCUUAUUGAGGCAUUGGGGACUGCAUGCUGCUUGAAGAGUGAUGAAAACCUUCUGCUUGCAGAGAUAUACGAGCAUCGGAUUUUUCGAUAUUUGGAGAACCCUUCUGAACACUUGUCUUCAAUUAAGCCUGAUGAACGUAUUGUCGCCUAUCGGUAUUCUAAAAGGGCUGGAACAACCAGACUGGAAAUAAUGCAUCGAUGGCAGGAAAAAUGUACAUUGGAUCCUUUGAAGGGUCAGAGGAAGCUUUUUGGAACACCUUUGGUUACUUAUAUAGGAGAAGAUCAAUUAAAUGGAAUAAAUGGAGUUGAUAUUGAAAGAGCCGUUUCUACAUCUCUGUCCCCUUUGAGGAGAGCUGUUAAGCUUCAUAGCACAACAGAAAAUGGCUCAACUUCAGAAGCUGUUGAUGAACCAUCAAACAGCUACAAUUUGAGGUCCAUGGACAAUGGAGAACAAGAAGAAGCAUCAAGCAGGGAGUUAUCUUUUCACCUAUUUCUAGCCCUUGAUGAAAGGGGUAACACAUGCAAGCCACUUGAGAAGUUUUCUUCCAUAAAGUUCGGUAAAAAUAUUAAGGUUUUUUUGGACUGGACUGAGAAAGAAGAUGAAUCUUAUGAUGCUUGUUACCUGAAGGAUCUACCUGAGGUACACAAGUCUGGUAAUACUGCGAAGAAAACUCGACAAGAAGCUAUUUCCUUAUUUUCUUGCUUAGAGGCAUUUCUCAAGGAAGAACCUUUAGGUCCCUCAGAUAUGUGGUACUGCCCAAGGUGCAAGGAGCAUAGACAGGCUACCAAGAAGCUGGACUUGUGGAUGCUGCCAGAGAUUCUUGUGUUUCACUUGAAACGAUUCUCAUACAGCAGAUACUCGAAGAAUAAACUCGACAGUUUUGUGACUUUUCCAAUUCAUGAUCUUGACUUGAGUAAAUAUGUGAUGAGUAAGGAAGGGAAACCAUAUUUGUACGAGCUAUACGCUGUUAGCAACCAUUAUGGUGGUCUAGGUGGUGGGCACUACACUGCAUAUGCGAAGUUGAUUGAUGAGGACAGAUGGUACCAUUUCGAUGAUAGUCAUGUUUCUCCAGUCAGUGAAAGCGACAUCAAGACUUCGGCUGCCUAUGUGCUAUUUUAUCGAAGAGUAAAAGGUGGACCGAAUACAGGAGAUGCAUCAGAGACUCAUAUGGCUUCUUGAGGACUUGAAGUAAGCGCAUUUUGUUACAAGGUUUGGAGGCUUCCUUACCAGGUUGGUCCAAGAAUGGUACAGAUAUCUUUUGCAUGGACCUUUGAGACGAGAUGAGAAUGCAGAACAUGGUUGUCGACUUGUCGGUACAAGGAACGUGUACCUCUUAUUCUUAUUUCUUCUAGAAAAGAAAAUUUUGGUAGAUAUGUUAUCUCAUGAUCAAUUCAUCUUGUGAAGGUUACUGUAAACAAUCACAUGAAUGCUUAUACAUUGGUAAGAGUAGCAAAUCAUACGAGAAGCUCUGUAAGGUGUUCUACGUUUAAUACUCUCUGUGUAAGGCGUUUAUAUGCUAUUCAUGUUAGGGCAGUGCAGUGUACCAAUUCGACAGAGAGGUUCUGUACUUGCCUGGACAUAUUAUUUUGUAGUUGAUUCCGAGACUGAUCGACGAUCUGUACGCCUUACUGAGUUUGAAAUAUAGCCUCCCAUUUUUAUG